GGUGUGUGUGUGCGCGUGAAAGUGAGGACCACACGAGUGAUAAGAAGCUAUCAAUUAACGGAAUCCCUGGCAUUAGCCGUGUCGCCGUCGUCAUCGUCUCCAUUCUCCCAAGAGGAAAACAACAGGAAAACCACAGGUGAUUUUCUUCUAAAAUUGAACAACUGACGUACCAGCGGAUCAUACGUAAAAUGAGGAAUGUAAGUAGGUACGGGAGUGGAGUGUAGGAUUUUCAGUUGGUGUGGUUGUGGUAAUGGAGUUUACACAGGUAGGAGUCAGGACUAGAGCUCGGGCCAUGCCGAUUGUGGGAGAGGAGGCCGCUGAUAAUUUGGGAGCAGUGAAGAGAAGGAAGAUCGGUAAUGGAAAAUUGAGGUCGCCUUCGUCGACGUUUGUGCAAACUAAUACUUUUGUUCGCGAGAAUUACGUCAACUCGGCACCGGAACAAGAUCUAGAUGAUUCUGGAGAUUCAUCCGCAAGCCUUAGAUCCAGUGGCGUUCCAGCGUCUUGUUGCUCUAGUACCGGAUCAACGGAGAAGCUGAAAGUUUCAGAUCUGGAGGAGGAAAGUCAUGUUGAAAUUGAAACCGUUGCGAGAUAUAAAUUAGACAGAAGUGAAAGCAUACCGUCGAGCGAGUUUAAGGCGAAAUUAGGUGAACUGGACUCAACUACAGUAAAGCAGUCGUCGUCGGUAAUGAUUAAUUCUCGCCGUACAGUGCUGCCGGCCGAGAAGAUGCCACCUGCAGCAGAACUCGAAGAAUUUUUUGCGGCUGCACAGAAAGACCUCCACAAACGUUUUAGAGAUAAGUAUAAUUACGACAUUGUAAAUGAUAUUCCUUUGAAAGGUCGGUUCGAGUGGAUUCAACUAAAGCCACAAAAAUGAAGAUGAAGAUGAUCAAUGAAUAAUAAAACACGACUGUUUUGAAGAAUUAUUUCUCCAAAAUUCAGAAACAAAGGUCGAAGAUUACAGUUUUUAUUUCUAACUUAAGAUCUAUGUUCACAACUAGCAAUUAAGCUAGUUAGGUUUAAUUCUAAUUUUAAAUUCCUCCACUCAAGAUCUGAUUUAUGAUGGUAUAUGUCACUGUGCGUCCUGAAGUACGGUCGGAGACCGACUGGAAUUGAAGAAAAUUUUCUGGUUACCGACAGUCCCGAACCUAAAACGAAGAAGGAAGAGCAGUAAAAAAUAUGAUUUGGCGUGGUUAAUUGGUAGGUAGUCGCUUAGAUUUUAUUUAAUUUUUAAUUACUUUUGCGUAAUUUUACCGUGAUCUCUUCCUGUUGAAUGUAAACUGGAAUUAAUCGAGAUUAUUAGUGAAAUAAACUAGGCAUGCACAGCACAUUUAAAUUGAUAAUUUAUUUAAAAAGGAGUACACCGUUUACGCAAUGGAGAGGAGGAAUCAGGAAUGGAAGGGGUGGUGGUUUUGCAGAUGCCGGAGUUGGGAGUUGCAGGUGAAUGGACAAGUUAAGAAUACAACUGACGCCUUGCCGUGUAAGCUACGAACACGUGUUUGAAUGCCGGAAAGCAUAUGCUGACUCUCAUGUGGAUUCUCUCCGUGGUUGAGAGAAAGAGAGAGAGAGAGAGAGAAUGUGUUUUAAGUACAUGUCAUCUAGGUCGAUGUCUAGCAAUUUGAAUUUUACAUAAUAAAUUAGAUUUCUAGGUGCUAACCUUCUCAAUUAGUAUCUAAUAACGU